AUGGAACUACUUAAAGUGAAGAGGUACGCGGAGCUCAUCGACGAGUUCUCCAGGCAGACCGAUGAACUACUUCCGGGGGAGAAAAAAACACCCGCUCAGGAAAAAGGAACUAGCCAGAAGGGAAAAAAAGACGUUAUAGAAAUAAUUGAGUACUUUUCAAAUAUGCUCGUAAAAUUUUUUUACAGUGAUUACCAACAUAACGAUAUAUCGAUUGUUGACUCCGGGUUCGAUUCUGAUCAGCUGUGGUUAUUUAUCGAGUGUCUCAUAAAGGAGAAGAAGUUGGAGAGCCUUCUUUCCUUUUUUGAAAAGUAUGAAAAAGGCUUGGACAGUCAGAUAGAGAAUCGGAGAGGGGAGACCCAAGCGGAGGAGUAUUCCAAAGAGGAAGAAAAUGCUACUAUAGGAGGGACGGGUCAGAAGAGACGCGCUGUCAAUCGGGAGGAUGGUGCACAGUUCAGCGAGGGUACCUCCGUUAGCUUGGAGAGGGGAGAGGCUGAGCAGAGGGGAGAUGCCCCCGGAGCAGACAGAUUUUUCGACGAGGAUGAAAUGCACCAAUUCCUCGAUGAAGAGGAAAAAAAAAUGUUACGCGGCCAGUCGGGGGGGGGGAGCGAUGGGGAUGGCGGUGGCGAUAGCGGUAGUGAUGGAGAUGGCGGUGGCGAUAGCGGUAGUGAUGGAGAUGGCGGUGGCGGUAGUGAUGGCGAUGGCGGUAGCGGUGACGAGGUGGACCUUAACGAGUUCGAGUGCGACUACGAAGAGGGCCGCAAGUUGAAGUACGGCGAUUUUUACGAAGGGGGAGAGGAGGAAGAAGAAGAAGAGGAAGAGGAAGAUGUUGACGAGGAUGGCGAGGAUGACGAGGAGGAAGAAGAUGUUGGCGAGGAUGACGAGGAGGAAGAAGAUGUUGGCGAGGAUGACGAGGUUGACGAGGAUGACGGGGAUGACGAGGAUGACGGGGAUGACGAGGAUGACUUAGAUGACGAGGAUGACGGGGAUGACGAGGAUGACUUAGAUGACAUAGACGACUUAGAGGACGAGGAAGACCUCGGUGCAGAGGGCGAACGGCCGCGCGGUCGGCGCGCGCCCGACCGAUGGAGCCGAAAACAGACGGACGAAGAGAUCGAGCGAGAACUGCGCACGAUAAAUGAGUUUGACAGCGGGCACCGAGGUGGAGGGGAUGAGUAUAGAAGCGAUGAGGAUGGAGGGGACGAGGCUGGGGGGGACAAGCCCCAAACGGAGAAGGACAGAGUAGAGAAGGAACUGAUUCAGAAGAAGCACUGGUCACUCACAGGAGAAGUAUUUGCACACGAUCGUCCCAAGAACAGUCUGCUGAACCUAGAUGUAGAUAUCCCGAAAUUAAACUCAGGAGGCAACGAUGCGUAUGUAAGUAAAGCUGUGGGGGAGGAGGAGGACGAAGAGGGGAUCGACGGACGAGGGGAUGAGAAAACGGAGGAAGGAACAUCCCUCAAGGGAGGAAGAAAGCUACUAAGCAAAAGCAAGCACAGGAAUCUCCUGAAUGACGAAAUAGAAGUAGUGGUGAAGCAAAGGAUCCAAAAUAUGCUGUUCGAUGAUGUGGAAAAAAAACGAAUAGAAGACUUGGACCUUCUGGUUAAUGAGCCCAAAGAAAGAGAUGGUAAGGAAGACGAAGUAAAUUUCGAUCUUUUGAAUUUCAAUAAAAGUAAGCUCAGUCUAGCAGAUGAAUAUACAAAGAAAUAUGAACAAGAAAUAAAAAGCAGUCAUUCUGAAAAAAAAGAAUUAAAUCUGCAAAAGCUGGAAUUAAUGAAUCUGUAUAAGAAAAUCGUUCACUCCUGUGAUUCGCUGUGUAACGAUUUCUUCCUUCCCAAACCGGCACUACUUAAUGUAUCAAACAAAAGUGAGCAGUUUACUAGCCUGCAUAUCGAAGAGACUGUACCUAUUAUCCUUUCUGAGAAGGACAGAAAUGCACCUGAGCAGGUGUUCCAACCAGGACACAUAAAACAAGUAGAAGAAAUGCAUCAGAAGGAAAAAAAAUCGAUGAGAAAAUCCAAGAAGGUUAAGAGAAAGAAAAAGCUGCUUCAUCUGUUUGGUCAGAGUGGGAAGGGUAUUAGUGAACUGAAAAAGAGGGAUGAGUAUUUGAGUGGGAAGAAUAGAAAAAUGAAGGAGGAGAAGGAGAGUGCUGCCAGGUACGGCGUUGGCUCCAAGGACCAGUUGCGCGGCAAGGCGCGCAGUCGCUACGACUUCGCCGGGGCCAUCUCCCAGGCGCAGGCCCGCGACGCCAGAGGGGGGAGAAGCGGUAGGUAG